AUGGUAGGGCGGCGCAGCACUUCUCUAUCUAACCUUUCUCGCCUCCUCAUGGCACGAGGGACUCUCAACCAGGAAGUGAGCUGCGUCGUUGCUUUUCCCACACUGCUCUACCCAUCUCUGCUGCAUCGCAAGGGAGGGACAACAGGGACUAGCAGCAGCACAUCUGGCCUCGGUGGCUAUGGGAGCGGAGCUGCAGCAGGCCAGGGUGCGCCCCGGGAAGUGGUAGUGCCUGGCUUGAUACUGGAGGUGCGUCGGCUGUGGCAGCCGCCAUUGCCCACUACUGCCUCCUCGUCUGACACAGAUGUCGCGCCUCCGAGCGCCUCGCCGUACAGCGCCACUCCUUCCACGGUGGAGAGGGACUCGCACCGGAGUCAACGCACCAUCACGUCUAGUGCUGCCGUGAUAGAUAAAGAAGCGGCAGCUGGGGCAGACGCCAAGGACGCCGGCGCGUGUCUGUACGCCUUCGUGCGUGUGAAGGAAGUAGACCACCGGCUCAGUGCGUGGUUUCAUGCAGACGACGUCUACGUAAAGACGGCUGUCGCGCAGUCCACGUUUGCGCACGCUGCCGAGGAUUCAGCGGUGCUUUCCUCCACACCUGACACGGCUGCGACACCGUAUGGACUGACCGAUGACAUGGUCCAGCUUUCUCGCGUCCUGCACCGUCCAUGGCUCAGCGGUGUGUACAUGGAGGUGACUCCUGGCAUGGCCCGCACCCAACGCGCCCGCCGUCAGCUCGACUACCUCGAGGAGCGGCUCCUGCGCGACUGCCGCACCCCGACCACGGUGCGCUACUUUGUGUAUCUGAACACGUACGUGUUUGCCCCGUGGUACUACGCACCGUUUGGCUUGCUGAACAGCGAGUAUGACCCGAUGCUGCCGUGGACGGGGGCGGCUGGCGCGUCGACCGGCGCGACCCCAGCUGGCGAAGGUGCCGAUGCCACCGUCUCGUCGGUCGACGUGCAGCAGCAGCCUUUCAUCCGGGACGCUUUUUUGUGCCCCUUCUCCCUCCGCAUCUACUCGACCUACGCGCAGAUGCACUACGAGACCCGCACCUACCGCGCAGGCCGCCUGCGUCCGCCGGGCGAAGAGGUGUACCGCGACGAGGUGCGUGGCCUUUCCCUCUUCAAGAUCAACGGUAGUCAACACAUCACCUACUGCCGCCACCUCUUCCUCAUUGGCAAGUCGUUUCUGGAGAACAAGCUCGCCGGGCACGACGUGCACAACUACUACUUCUACGUGUUGUGCCUGCACCACCGCUACUUCCCUGACUACGUGUCCGACCCCUCUGCCAUGUACUUCGCCGGCUUCUUCACCUGGGAGAAACAUGUGAGCGAGUACAACCUGGCCUGUAUCGCGACGUUGCCGUGCUUUGGGCGCCGCUCCAGUCGCCAGAGACCGGUGGCACCGCCGGAUGGCUCAGCCGCGGCCGCCUCGCACCCGCCUAGGGUGCUUCGCCAUCUUGGCCAGUUCAUGAUCGCCGCCAGCUACGAGCUCGCCUACCGCCGCAAGCAGACGGGCACCCCGGAGAAGCCUCUCUCCGACUUGGGUGCCGUCGCGUAUCGGCACUUCUGGCGCCGCGCCAUUGUGCGCUGGAUGAAGGACACGCUGAACGCGAUGCGGCGAGCCGCUGCGGUUUGCGUCGACGAUGACGAUGUGGACAAGGCCGACCGGAAAGGUGCCCAAGCCGGCGGACAGGUUGCGCCGCGAUUGAGCCACGCAUUAGGCAAGGGCGCGCCUCUCGCUCUUGACGCUGACUCUGCGGCCGUGGAGGUGGUCGUGCUUGCGACGGAGGACAGGGCGGUGUCAUGCGCACGCGAUGCCGACAGCCGCCGCUCCGGCGAAGGGAAGGCGUCACCAUCCGCGCGCAAGCGUUCCCGUGCCGACGCGAAGACGGAACACGAGAGGGGCGUGGACAGCGAAGAGGAGGCGCGAUUGCCUUCUUCCCACGGCAAGUUGCCACUCGUGGCGACCGCCCCUCUGUCUUCGACCAAGAAGGGAGUGCUAGGCGUCGACGCAGCUGCACAGUCCCCUGCGGCCACCUCAUCGGUUGCUGGCGCGGCUGCUUUUACGCAGCGGACCACCAUCAAGGACAUUGCGGCGGCUGUGCGCCUGGAGGAAGCUGACGUGCUCAGGACGCUGCUGGGCAUGGGUGUGCUGCAUCGCAGCAGUGAGGACCGUGGUAUUCAGCUUCUGCUGCCGCAGCGGUACGUGGAUUGGAUGUACGACGAGAUGCUCCGCUGGGAGAGCAGCGUCGAGCACGCCGUCUUUCAGUCAGCCCUCCUCAAGUCCCGCGGCUCUCACACCAGCACACGCUGA